ACUAAGGCUUCUCCUGCUUAUUAGCAUUUUGAUUGUACCGCUAGUGUCCACCAGGUGAUACUGAUGUACCAGAGAACAUUUCUCUAACAGCUCAUGAUGUCAUAACUCUUUCUCGGUCAAGGUUAACACCUGUUGAAAAGAAUGUUGCUGUUUCCCAACAGCUUAAACGUCUGUACUCCAUUGUGAACUGCAUUCUGGGAUACGCAAGGCCGUUUCCCAAAACAAAGUUCCAAAUAGUGAACUCCGACAGUUUGGACUUUCAGUUGUAAGAAGUAACUCCUGAGGACAAAAGCCUGUGGCUAUGUCUUAACUCCAAGUAUGAACUUGUGAUCACCAUUGCCAACCAUAAGUCAAAGCAGUAGACCCUACUUGGUCUGACACUCAAGGAACCACUCGUGAACAUUUCUCGUCCUAGCUUCCAAAAAUUGGAACUAGGAACCUCUGUUAGAUAACGCACAGAACAGCGGAAUACUGUCCUUGUUUCACUUUUGACAGCUGAGUGCUGCGUGUGGGCGUGCCAACUACCUUUGUUGCUAUUGUUUUUAAAAUAGCCAGCCAGCUUCCUACAGCGGCGGUUUGGCGUCGUGCGCAACCGCACUCGCCCUCCCACCUCUGCUGUGAACAAUAAGAGGCUUGGGUGUCCGCUGGUGCUGGAAUGCUCGCGCACCUGUACCGGCGCUCUCUCGGUCCUUCUGACGACAACAUAGUUUGGGGACCAGAUAGUGUGUCAAAGUCUUUCGUUUGUCUCUGAGUGGACAGAAAGCAGCCGGAAGUGGAGUAUGACUGAGUUGGACAUCUGGCACGAGGAGCGCGUCUGUCGGGCUUCUGUUAUAGCAGAGAAGCGUUGAAGAUGCGGCCCGGAGAAGAAACUGCGGCAUCGGCGGUGGACGGCAGCCCCCAACUUGGAAUAGAUGCGCUUGAACUUGCUGACAUCGCAGAAUCGGCCAAUGCGGAAGGACCACCAAGCCAAACAGUCGAACCUCAGGUAGAUUCCUUGCUAUGGGAAACAGACGUGAACGACGAUGCCGAGGUCGUCACCCCAUCGCAAAACAUGGACUUCAGCUUCGACUCGGACUACGGGAGCACGCAAUCCAGCACCGCUUUAAGCGGGGACUUAAGCGAACUGAGCAGAAGCUCCCUGGAAAAGACCAGCUCAGUUUCUCCCGUCAACCUCUUUGAGCACACUGUGGACAAGCGUCAGUCCAGCAAAAGGUCAAAAAACAGGCUCGUUUCCAAAAGUAGCAAGAAAGCGCAGAACGGCGUCUCGCCAAAGGACACUGAUGGUGACAAGGAACGCGGAAGCGUACGGUCCCGUCGCAGCGUCACCGAAGAUGUCAGCUGCUGCUUCAGGUCCGUGCAUAAGGGAUGCUUGCAGUGUGUGGAGGAGACGCCAGCCAUGUUGGCGGGACUGGUGCUCUCGAUGGCCUUCUGUGUUAUUAUCAUUGUCCUUAUUCCUACCACGGGAAGGAACAUUAUCGUCCACGUGGGAGCUCUGUCAAUCGUGUGCGUGGUUCUGUGUCUGAGCACCGGCCUGCUGGUGUGCCUGCCAUGGCUGGCCACCGUGAGGCGUUGCGCCGGCGCCCUUGCACUCUUUGUCUGGGGGACGCUGUACAUCACCGCCAUUGUUUUCAUCUUCACGGGAGGACCAGUCACUACGUGGGAGCAGGUGGCCUUCUUUCUCUUCCUGUCCCUGAGUGUCUACACAGUGCUGCCUCUCUCUAUGGCCUGGGCUCUCAUGGUUGGGAUUUGGACCAGUGUUACGCACAUCGUCAUCAUCAGUGUUUACGUCUCGGUAACAAGUCCGGAGACGCCGGACUUGGCGGUGCAGCUAGUGGCUAACGGGAUCCUCUUUGUGUGUGUAAACUGCAUCGGGAUUUUCCACCUGUGGACCACCGAGCACGAUCUCAGGGUCUCCAAACAGAAAAGGGAGGAGUACAGCGCUAUCCGCUCCCGGAAGGAAAUAAGGAAAUACCAGCAGGAGCAGCUCUUGCUGUCGGUCUUGCCACGCUACAUCGCCAUAGAGCUAAAAUCGGAGGUGAUCAAGAGACUGAGCAAGCCCAAGGAAGAUAAAGAAGAAAAUAGUUUCCAUAAUUUCCACAGUCUGUACGUCCGACAGCACAAAGAUGUCAGUAUUCUAUACGCGGACAUUGUGGGUUUCACAAAGUUGGCUAGUAGUUGCUCGCCAGAAGAGCUCGUUGCUGUGCUCAACAAGCUCUUUGGCAGGUUCGACGACAUCGCUAAGAAGAACGGAUGUCUUCGCAUCAAAAUUUUGGGCGACUGCUACUACUGCGUAUCCGGUCUGCCUGAUCCCAUCCCGACGCAUGCUAGCAACUGUGUUCAGAUGGGCUUGGAAAUGUGCACUGCUAUCAGUAAACUACGAGAGGCCACAGAAGUCGAGAUCAGCAUGCGUGUUGGCGUUCACACGGGUAACGUUCUCUCCGGGGUCAUCGGCUUGCAAAAAUGGCAAUACGACGUGUGGUCACAUGACGUGACCUUAGCCAAUCACAUGGAGUCAGGAGGCGUCCCCGGGCGAGUCCACAUCACCGAGGAGACUCUGCGACACUUGAACGGCGCCUACCAAGUAGAGGAUGGCGACGGGGGGAGUCGUGAUCCGCUUUUGAGGGGAAGGCAGACCUACUUGGUGCUUGACCCCAACACUACAAACAGCACGCUACAAAGACCUCAAAUGGGGAACCUUCUCGCCACUGUUGAGAGCAGGAAGCGGGCGUCCAUGCGCAUGACUCAGUACCUCAAGUCGUGGCAGAACAUCCGGCCUUUCGCCGAUCUCAGCAAUCAUCACGGCAAGCCUUCCAAGAAGAUCAACGCCACCACGGCCAACCAGCAGCAGUCAUUGGCCGAAGGACCUCCUUGUCACAACAACCCCUCCUGCUUAUUCGUCGACAACGGCGUGAGGGGAUCACUGGACACGCUGGACAUGGCCAAGAGGAGAGCCAAGAGACUAGACUGUCUGACGUUGCUGUUCAAUGAUGUGAAGCUGGAGAAGCAGUUCCGCCUGUCAGAGGUGAAAGGCCUACACCAGUCCAUGAGCUGCCUAGCCUUGGUCUUUGUCACCCUGUUUGCUGUCCAGAUGCUCGUUUCUGACAAGAACUUUGAAUUAGCCGUGUCCUACGGCGCCUCCUUUCCUGUGCUGGUGAUUCUUUUGUCCUUCACGUUCUGCGGCUACUUGCGGAAAAUGCGUUCCAAGACACCGCGCCGCGUCCAGUGGAUUUCGAGACUGUCUCAAAGCGUCUCGGCCAAGGCGGCGCUGCGGCUGUUUAUCGUCUGCUUGAGUUUGCUCAUCACACUCCUGAUGGCCAUCCUCAAUUUUGUUUUCAUCCCAGGAAACAACUGCACCCAAAUCGACGACAGUAGGGCGUUGGAGGAGCUCAAGCUGUACACCGUGCCCUACUACCUGUACUGCUGCUUGCUGGCCAUGCUGGGAAUAAUCGUUUUCGUCAGGAUUUGUUUGUCGGUGAAGGCUCUGCUCCUCACGCUGGCCGUGGUGGUCUACUUGGCCCUCUUUCUCCACGUGUAUGCCGGCCGCUCCUCCUGCCUGGUCAGCCUCCUGUACAACAACACCACCAAGCCCGGUGUGCUGAAGGACCCUCGGAUCAUGUCCGGCGUUUGGUUGGCUAUCUUCUACAUUGUCUGCCUAAUCCUGGCCAGACAGGACGAGCUGGGCUGCCGCGUGGACUUCCUUUUGGAGCACUGUUUCAAGCUAGAACAAGAGGAGAUGGAGACCGUGGAGAACGUCAACAAGCUUCUCCUUCAGAACGUUCUGCCGCUUCAUGUGGCGUCUUUCUUCAUCGGCAAAACCGUGCGCAACCAGGACCUGUACAGCCAGUCGUACGAGUGCGUGUGCAUCAUGUUCGCCUCGGUGCCUCAGUUUAAGGAAUUUUACAGCGAGAGCAGCUUCAACAGGGACGGUCUGGAGUGUCUGCGACUCCUCAACGAGAUCAUCGCCGACUUUGAUGAGCUGUUAUCCAAGCCGAAAUUUUCAUCCGUGGAGAAGAUCAAGACCAUCGGCAGUACGUACAUGGCGGCCGCGGGACUGACGCAAUCCUGGGACGACCAGAAGAAAUGCGACAUGUCCUACAGUCACGUACGUGCCAUGGUGGAGUUUGCUAUUGCUCUAAUGAACAAACUGGAACUCAUCAACACACACUCCUUCAACAGCUUCAAACUGCGGAUCGGAAUAAACCAGGGCCCGGUCAUCGCCGGAGUCAUUGGGGCUCAUAAACCGCAGUACGACAUUUGGGGGAACUCUGUCAACGUGGCGAGCAGAAUGGACAGCACGGGAGUGCUUGACAGGAUACAGGUGACGGAGGAGACGGCCCAGGUGGUCCAGAGCGUCGGCUACGGCAUCACACUCCGAGGAGUCAUCAACGUCAAGGGCAAAGGAGAGCUGACCACGUACUUUGUCAACACCGAUCAGUCUUCCCCGCAGUUCUGAUGCCACUUGUUUGGACUUUGAAAGGAAGACCGCCGUAGCAGUGGAGCCGAUGUCCCGUCCCACGCGACACCAUGCCUCCGUCUUCCGGAUGAGACGCUAAAUAUGAUCCCGAUCAGUUGAAUGAUCGUGCGAUUUUGUAUUUGCAUAGGAUUUUCAUUUUUCAGAUGUCUCAUCUGUUUGCUGGAUGAAUUUAGAAAUCUAUUUUGAUGAUUUGGUCCAGAUCCGACCAAGGAAACUGCAAAUUAAGCCCUAAAUGUCCAAUACACCUGGACUGGGAGGGGCUAAUGAAUGGACAUUCAUGAGUCCUGGAUCGGACGUUUAUCACCCUGAAUGGCAGUCAAAGAUAAGCAUUCAUAGCCGGCAAGUUUAAAUUAGACGUCUGUCGAUGUCAAUGACAGCCAAUGUUUAAUACAAGAUUUAACAUGAUAAUGCAAAAAAAAUGUCAUAUUUUUGAAAUAUUGUUCUGUACAGUUUGUGUAUUUUUUUAGAGCUGGAUGUACAUUUUGUGGAAACACUAUUUAUGAACCAAGAAAAUAAAAAAAUACAAAUAAUACUCAAGCACAACUUUGAUUUUAUCAAAAACAUAUAUUUAAGUCUUGAUUCAAUGC